AUGCUACGAGCCAAGAUCUUUAUCUUUCUGGUGCUGUUUGCCGCUUUUUGUCUGGGAGAAUUCAUUGGGAAAUCCCAGAAAACAGAACUAAAGUCUGUAGUUUCUAGAGUUUUCAGUAGGCGAAGAAGAGCGGUAUUGUUUCCUCCAGGAUCAUUUGUAAAGUUCACCUGCUCCUUUGCCACAGGAUUGUUGGCCACGUAUCCAAAAGGUAUAACCUUUGUUUUGGAGGAGGCAGUUUACUUUCCGGUGCCUGGAGUCGUUGAAGAUAUCUAUCCCAAAAAGUUUUUACCAAAAACAACGACAAAGAAACCCGAAAAGCUUCCCGAUUCUAUAGUUUAUAUACCCGGAACCGAUUGGCGUUUCAAGGCACAAACAUUACCAAAACCCAAAUGGAGACAACCACCUCCAAAAACCCAUCGAAUCGAUGAUAAUAGUUAUGCUAAUCCAUUUAAAUGGCAAAAAUGGAGUCAAGGACAAAAGUGGCAAAAUUAUAAGUGGAAAAAUGCUGACCAAAACAAGGCCAAGUGGUCGAAGUGGACUACACCUUCACCAAAAUGGGAAACCAAAUGGAAUAAGCCAGAGUACAGUGAAGCUUGGCAGCCGCACCACUAUCAUGGUCAUCGUGAUCGCAGAUCUUUGUUUGAUCGUUUCACAAAACUAAGUUCAAUAAUUGGUAUAGAUGUGAAGUCUUGUAUUUUACGAACGAUGUGCGAUAGUAAAAGACUGCUCCUUCCACCUGGAUAUUCGAUGCUUCAGGAUAUGCUGCGUGUGGUUUUUACCAUGCCUCGUUUGGAUGGCUUGGAGGAUGAAUACAGUCGGAUUAUGGACAAGGAUCCUGAUGAAUGUGCGGCGGAGUUCAAGUCAAAGUGUAGUAUGAAUUUAUUGAUUUGGUUGCUUAGCGGCAGAGUGGAAUAA